AUGGUCUCCGUCGUGAUUCUGGACGCGGGCUCGAGUGCGAAAUCGACGCGGGACGGACAAGACGACGCCGGGAACUCAGGUUUCCUGUCCAGCGAUUUGUUCGACUCGGAUGUCGGCGAAUCCGCUGACGACUGGAUCCCGAACAGUUACCCGCUGAGCGAGAACCGGCUCAUCGUGUCGAGCAGCGGACGCGUGGACCCGCUGUCGCCCAUCAACCACAUCGACACGUGCUUCCUCUGCUCCUUGUUCACGCCGGUGUGUCUGGACCAGGGUCUGGACAGGCCGAUUUACCCGUGCCGGAGCUUGUGUGAAGCCGUGCAGGCCGGCUGCGAAGGCCGGAUGAGAACGUACGGGUUCAGUUGGCCCGAGAUGUUGAACUGCUCCAAGUACCCCGUAGACAAUGAUAUGUGCAUACCGCCAUUGACGCCGACGGUCAAAGAACCCCGUCAAGGAAUCUGCACGACCUGCAAUCAGGUGGAAACCGUCGAAAAUAUCGUCGACAAUUUCUGCCGAGCUGAUUUCGCGGUCAAAACGAAAAUACGCAAACUGAGAAAAGGCAAUUUGAUCUGCAAGAAAACCAAGAUUUUCAAGCCCUCCAGGCUAACCAGACGUGAUCUGGACGCAAUGCGCCGGCCUCGAUUCGCUCUUGUCCAAGGGCCUCACGAACCUACAUUGGUCGGAGAUCAUCUGGAAUGUUGUGGGCAUCUCCGCCUUCAAGACAAGAAUAGGAGGUACCUAAUCAUGGGCAUAAAGCGUGACGACAAGCUCAUCCCAACAUUCAUCAUGCCUUGGAAGAAGAAAUCUAAGGCUUUUCGUGGGGCAGUGAAAAUGUUUAAAACUCUGAAGUGCGAUGAUCCGAAGCUCGUGUCGUAUUCAAUGAUGUCGCGGCAAGGAAAUGCAGCAGCCGCAGCAGCAGCAGCCAGCAAAAAGAGAUCACAGGACAGUCGAAGCCGACAGAACAACCGUGGAGGACGAUCAACACUUGCCUCUCAACGGAAAGCUGGGACAGGAAGUCCGGUCCAGGAAGCCAUCAAAGAUAACACGGAUGUCAGGAAUCUUUGAACUACCCGAAUAACAACACGAAAACCUAAGAAGACUGGAUACCUGAACUUUGUCGCAGGUCUCAAUCAAUUAUUGUGGCGCGCUUGGCGAUUUUUUUUUCUGUUUCGCGUGUUUGUCCUUUUGUAAGUCUUAAAACACGGUCUCGACUGCAUAAAAAUAUGCCUUCAGGUUUCCCUAUAAAGCACCAGCUAGAAAUGUGCCAAAAUUGCGGCGAUUACCGUUUAAUUUUCGAUUUUAUUUCUCAGCUUCUCGCCACAGUUCAUUUUAUUCCCAUGGUUUAUUAUGACGGUGGUAUCGUUAUGAUGAGUUGCAUCUCAAUUAUACAAUCUUCGCGUUGUAUUUUUUUUAUAAAUAAAAUGCCUUACUUCACAAGGAUUAACAGUAUUAAAUCGCGUCCAUCUCGGUACGUUGCAUUUGAAAAUAACAUAAUUAUCAGAUUUUCGUGAACCAAAGAUUUUGUUCAGUUGAUCAGCAGUUCGUCACUCGUCAAUAUAAUGCGUGUAUACUAAGUCGAACCGCUAAAAAUAUUAUUCUUAUUGCGGAUGAAUUUUUUGUCGCAUAAUGCAAUGAGUCAGCUUGUGUACAGGUAUAAGUGUGCGUGUUGGAAAUACAUGAUCUAGACUGCAGGUUACUGCCUAGAUUUCAAAAUUGUGCAAUAAA